AUGGCAGACGGUCGGCAGCCGGACGAGCACUGGGCCUCAAACGGCCAAGAGAAUGGCGAGAAUGGCUACUCUGCCUACAGCUCCGCCUACAGGGAGAACGGAUACCACGGCGGAGCGGCUGCACACCCCGGGACAGCAGGUAGGUACACAAACACUCAGCGAGAGUGUGUGUGAGGAUACGCAUGCAGGACUGGAUUAAUGACAUUGAUUGGAUGGCGCCGCAGCUGUGAGUAGAUUUGAUUGCCUCUGUGGUGCAAAGCAAGGACGGUCAAUUCUAAAAACAGACUCAGCUGAACAUGUUUGAACACAGAAGUGAGCAGAUUUCACUGCUGGUGGGAAAUACUAAAAACUAUCCGGAAAAACAAAAGAGAGAGGAUGUUUUUUAAACACGCUAACUGUAUUAUUGAUCAAGUGUGUCUGAGUAUUUCUGUGAUAAAAUAGUAUCGAACCUCUUUUGUUUUUUUCGAAAUCUUAUGAAUGAAACCAAUCCCCUCCAGGUGUAAGAUCUUGAAACAGGGACGAGUUGUCGGAUUAAGAGUAAAAUGCCUUUAUGCAGUCAGUUAAUGCCACAAAUACACCAUAAAAUACUGCCAAUAGGAAUGCAAAUGAGCUGCAUUUUCUUUCCUCUUCAAAUUUGUUCCACUUCUGUAAAAAAUCAACAAAAUCUCCACAAAAACUUCCUGUCUUUACUGCUUCGUUGUUUUGCAUUUGUAAGUGCAGAUAAAUAGGUACUGAUAAUGCAGGAACGAAAACAAGGCAGUGGACACAGGCCCUUAUGGUCGCCAUAUGUUUUACGUUUUUGUUUUGUUUGUUUGUUUGUUUUUUACGAAGAGUUGCAUUAUAGUCGGGCUGAGACGAUAUGCUUUUCUCCCGAUUCGAUUCUUCUACGAUAUUUUCGAUGCCAAUUCGAUUUAAAUUGCGAUUCUACGAUAUUAUCGAUGUCCUCAAUAUCCAGUCUGCAUUUUUAACACCAGUGAAACAGCUGAAUAUUAAUGAUUGUCUGCUGACUAUUCCAAGAACUAUAUUCCCCCAAAAGAUACACAUCACAUCUAAGUCGGUUUCUUAAGAUUAAUUCUUGAAUUUGAAAAAAAUAAAUCGAUUUUUGAACAUAAAAAUUAUAAAACAAAAAAUCGCAAUACUUAUGUGAAUCGAUUUUUUUCUCCCACCCCUACAUGAUAUGCUCUUUAUGUUCGUUUAACGUCUUAAUUCCAACUUUUGAUGAAAAAUCAAGGAAAACAAGACGGUUAGAAGAGGAAAGUUUCUGUUUGUGAAGCAGUUUGAGGAGAAAAAGUUGGGUAAAAUAUGCUGCAACCAUGUGCAUGUGUCUGUAAUAUCACAUUUUUGAUUAUACAGUGGGAUACUCUUAUCAAUAAUUGGAUUUUUCUUCUGGUUUAUUUCGACUUUAAAUCUUAUUUCAUUUGUUUUAUUUUUUUUAUUUGACACCAUCAGAGGUAAGUCGGAGCUCUAUCUGCAUCCAUCUGAACUGGAUAUUAAGUCCGAGCUAACCUAUAAUCAGAACCUGGAGGGAGGCGGGAUUUGCAUCAACAACUCAUCAAACACACACACACACACACACACGCACACACACAAGACAGGAGUCGAGUCGAACACAAAAGCGAGGCCACCCACAGAGAUAAGGUCCGCUGUGUUAUUAGCUUUUCAUUUCCUUCCUCCCAUCCACGUCUUGUCUCCCCUGUGUUGUCUUUCUCUCUUUCUCUCCCUCUCUCUCUUUCUCUCUCUCUCUCUCUCUCUCUCUCUCUCUCCCUUCGCAGUGGAUGACUCAGCCAAUUUGCCUCCCUCCCCUCCCCCCUCUCCAUCCGCUGAGCAGAUUGGGCCCGUGGCACAAGGUACACCCACACACACCUUCUGACCGCUCAGACCAUUCAGAAUGAGAGGGUGAACGGUGGUGGUGAGAGUGGGACCAACAUCUCAAAAAGAGACAGACAGACUGAUUAAAGCAGCCGUUGGCAUGACGACCAAGUCAAGAAACAGGGUUUAGUUUCAACUGUCCCUAACUUUGCAUGUCAUUUUAUCCUCAUAUCUACUUUUGGGAGUCUGCCGCAUGUGUCCUGUCUUCCUCACACCCCUCCAACAGCUUAUUAGUAGUUUUCUAACACAUUACACUCCAAUAGUUUGGGUUAAAACACGUAUUAAAGCAAGAAAAUCGCACACAUCCUCUAGCCCGACCUGCCACUGGAGCCCGUCAUCCCACUAAUCCCCUCAGAUCAUCUCCUCUGUUGUUCCUUUCUUUGUUCUGUCUGUUGAUUUUCCUCAAGAAGUGAAUCACUUUUUACUUUCAGCGCUUCGCUCCGAGAGCAGCACAGUCUGUUUUCCGGCUGUUUUUACCGACUGCAUGUGGCAUGCAAUCACAAAAACAUAGUUAACCACCCCUUAAGAUAAAUGUGUUUUUUUUUACACUGAUGUAUAUCUGGUUUAGGCUCAGGGGAUCCUUGUGGCUCUCAUUUAAGCCUAUAUGUGUUUAUCUUAGACCAACAUGGAAGUCACUAGAGCUUUUUAAAUCACAAAAAAAUACACAUUUUCCUGCAAUUUUUGCCUACAUGAUAUACUUUCUUUUGGGCAUAUGUCACCCAGGGACAUCAGGGAUAGAAGAAUUACAGAUAUAUAGAUGGAUAGAUAGAUAGACAGACUUUAUUGAUACAAAACUGGGAAAUGAUGAAUUUGGGAUAAGAGGGUAAUUGGGGAAGUUAGUUUGAAGAGGAGAGGUCAGAAGGAGGUGCCUCCCGUUUCCUCCUCUUCGAGCUCUUUAGCUUCCCCAAGCCCAGAAAAUGCUUCAUCCUUUUCCAGACUGAAGGUCUUGGUGGUGUCACUGUCUCAGUGAGUGCCUCAGUGAGUGCCUCAGUUGUAGUGGCAUCCUCAUCUUCAGCCUCUUCCUGUACUGUGACGACCGGUCCUUCUUGAUCCUGCUGAAUCAGCGUCCCCUCAGCCUCUUCAUUUGUCUUUUCCUUAGUGUCAUGUUGAAGGCCAUCCUUCUCAGCCUUAAAUGUCUCUCUGCUGGUGGUGAGAGUCUUCUUGAGCUCCUCGAUCUCUUGGGGCAGCUGCCUGUGAAGCUCAAGUUCAUGUUUUUGCUCCUCCAGCUCCUUCAAGAGAUUUUCCUCCUGUUUCUUGGCCUUCUGCCGGAUGUCUUCCAUCUUCUGAAGAAGGCCAUCCUUCUCAGCCUUAAAUGUCUCUCUGCUGGUGGUGAGAGUCUUCUUGAGCUCCUCGAUCUCUUGGGGCAGCUGCCUGUGAAGCUCAAGUUCAUGUUUUUGCUCCUCCAGCUCCUUCAAGAGAUUUUCCUCCUGUUUCUUGGCCUUCUGCUGGAUGUCUUCCAUCUUCUGAAGAAGGCCAUCCUUCUCAGCCUUAAAUGUCUCUCUGCUGGUCGUGAGAGUCUUCUUGAGCUCCUCGAUCUCUUGGGGCAGCUGCCUGCGAAGCUCAAGUUCAUGUUUUUGCUCCUCCAGCUCCUUCAAGAGAUUUUCCUCCUGUUUCUUGGCCUUCUGCUGGAUGUCUUCCAUCUUCUGAAGAAGGCCAUCCUUCUCAGCCUUAAAUGUCUCUCUGCUGGUCGUGAGAGUCUUCUUGAGCUCCUCGAUCUCUUGGGGCAGUUGUUUGUGAAGCUCAAGUUCAUGUUUUAGCCCCUCCAGGUCCUUUCUGAGAGAUCUAUUUUUGAUCACUUGGUGAAGCUCAGCCUGAAUGGAUCUCUGUCGGGAGAUUGAGUCUCCUUGAGAAUGAGUCUCCUUGAGCUCCUUGAUCUCUUGGGGCAGCUGUUUGUGAAGCCCAAGCUCACGUUUGAGCCCCUCCAGCUCCUUUCUGAGAGAUCUAUUUUUAAUCACUUGGUGGAGCUCAGCCUGAAAUGGAUCUCUGUUGGGAGAAUGAGUCUUCUUGAGCUCCUCGAUCUCUUGGGGAAGAUGUUCAAGGAGCUUCAGUUUAUCUUUGAGCUCCUUCAGCUCCUUUCUGAGACGUCUAUUUUCAAUCUCUUGUUGGAGCCCAGCUAGAAAUGGAUCUUUGCUGGGAGAAUGAGUCAUCUUGAGCUCCUCAAUCUCUCGUCUUUGGAGCUUAAGUUGAUGUUUUAGCUCCUCCUGCUCCCUUCUGAGAAGUUGAUUUUUAAGAACUUGGUUGAGCUCAGCUUUAAAUGUCUCUCUGCCUUUAGCCUUCAUCCCUUCUAGUUCCUCUUGCAGAAGUUCAUUCUUCCUUAUCUCUUUCUCCAGCUUUUUCUUGAGCAUUUCCUCUGCUCUCAGCUGCACUCCUUUUGUCCCCUCUGGGUGUAGAUGGUUUGGCAUUGUGUUAGCGUUGAGUGUUCGACUAGUUGAGAGUUAGACUAGUUGAGUGUUAGACUAGUUAAGUCUCAGAGUCUCUCUAAUCAAACCUAGCACAAAGUGAAAACAAUCCAAAUGAUUCCAAGUGAAGCGGAUAUCAUCCAAAGAUCUUGACCUCCCCUUCAGUCUGUGCUGAAAGAUCAAAGGAAUGAUGAUGUCACGCUGAUGUCAUCAACGGAAUGAUUUUCCCCUUUCCAUGUCACAAGACUGUUCUAACGUAUCCAUGGAAACCAAAUUUGAAAAAAAAUAACACAGACUACACAGAAUAAUCACAAUGCAAUUAUAUGAAUAUGUCAUGCACUGAAGGGAAAAAAAUAUGAUCACAAAGAAUUGUAACGCUGUUUUGAUUCAAUCAUUACUAUUAAUAUUUGUAAUUAGUUGCCAUGUUUUUGCUACUUUAGUUUUAUCAUUCAUAUAAUUGUAUAAAAUACAACAAUGGGCUUAAAUGAAAGGCUAGAGGGUCCCCUUUACGAUGAUGCCAAACAAUAAGGUUGUCACACUGCAUGGCUUAAGGCUAAUGCUUUUGUAUUACAGAAUGAGUGUAAUACAUGCAGAGAUUAUCGUUCAUUCUAGUUUUCAGAAAGUAUUUUCUGCAUUAAAAUUAGACUAGGAGAAGUUGAUUGCAUCACAUGCAUCUCCAUUGAGCUGAAAGUGUUUUGUACCGUCGCCACCAGAUCUGUCCCGGAAACCCGAUUUGUACUGCCCAUGUGUGAAACGAACGUCAUUUCCUCUCUUUGUAUUUCAACGCAUUUUAUGGCAGUUAGUCGUUACUAUUGCUACCUACCCGAUCCCGCAAUUUUUGCCUACAUGAUAUACUUUCUUUUGGGCAUAUGUCACCCAGGGACAUCAGGGAUAGAAGAAUUACAGAUAUAUAGAUGGAUAGAUAGAUAGACAGACUUUAUUGAUACAAAACUGGGAAAUGAUGAAUUUGGGAUAAGAGGGUAAUUGGGGAAGUUAGUUUGAAGAGGAGAGGUCAGAAGGAGGUGCCUCCCGUUUCCUCCUCUUCGAGCUCUUUAGCUUCCCCAAGCCCAGAAAAUGCUUCAUCCUUUUCCAGACUGAAGGUCUUGGUGGUGUCACUGUCUCAGUGAGUGCCUCAGUGAGUGCCUCAGUUGUAGUGGCAUCCUCAUCUUCAGCCUCUUCCUGUACUGUGACGACCGGUCCUUCUUGAUCCUGCUGAAUCAGCGUCCCCUCAGCCUCUUCAUUUGUCUUUUCCUUAGUGUCAUGUUGAAGGCCAUCCUUCUCAGCUUUCAAUGUCUCUCUGCUGGUGGUGAGAGUCUUCUUGAGCUCCUCGAUCUCUUGGGGCAGCUGCCUGUGAAGCUCAAGUUCAUGUUUUUGCUCCUCCAGCUCCUUCAAGAGAUUUUCCUCCUGUUUCUUGGCCUUCUGCUGGAUGUCUUCCAUCUUCUGAAGAAGGCCAUCCUUCUCAGCCUUAAAUGUCUCUCUGCUGGUGGUGAGAGUCUUCUUGAGCUCCUCGAUCUCUUGGGGCAGCUGCCUGUGAAGCUCAAGUUCAUGUUUUUGCUCCUCCAGCUCCUUCAAGAGAUUUUCCUCCUGUUUCUUGGCCUUCUGCUGGAUGUCUUCCAUCUUCUGAAGAAGGCCAUCCUUCUCAGCCUUAAAUGUCUCUCUGCUGGUCGUGAGAGUCUUCUUGAGCUCCUCGAUCUCUUGGGGCAGCUGCCUGUGAAGCUCAAGUUCAUGUUUUAGCCCCUCCAGCUCCUUUCUGAGAGAUCUAUUUUUGAUCACUUGGUGAAGCUCAGCCUGAAUGGAUCUCUGUCGGGAGAUUGAGUCUCCUUGAGAAUGAGUCUCCUUGAGCUCCUUGAUCUCUUGGGGCAGCUGUUUGUGAAGCCCAAGCUCACGUUUGAGCCCCUCCAGCUCCUUUCUGAGAGAUCUAUUUUUAAUCACUUGGUGGAGCUCAGCCUGAAAUGGAUCUCUGUUGGGAGAAUGAGUCUUCUUGAGCUCCUCGAUCUCUUGGGGAAGAUGUUCAAGGAGCUUCAGUUUAUCUUUGAGCUCCUUCAGCUCCUUUCUGAGACGUCUAUUUUCAAUCUCUUGUUGGAGCCCAGCUAGAAAUGGAUCUUUGCUGGGAGAAUGAGUCAUCUUGAGCUCCUCAAUCUCUCGUCUUUGGAGCUUAAGUUGAUGUUUUAGCUCCUCCUGCUCCCUUCUGAGAAGUUGAUUUUUAAGAACUUGGUUGAGCUCAGCUUUAAAUGUCUCUCUGCCUUUAGCCUUCAUCCCUUCUAGUUCCUCUUGCAGAAGUUCAUUCUUCCUUAUCUCUUUCUCCAGCUUUUUCUUGAGCAUUUCCUCUGCUCUCAGCUGCACUCCUUUUGUCCCCUCUGGGUGUAGAUGGUUUGGCAUUGUGUUAGCGUUGAGUGUUCGACUAGUUGAGAGUUAGACUAGUUGAGUGUUAGACUAGUUAAGUCUCAGAGUCUCUCUAAUCAAACCUAGCACAAAGUGAAAACAAUCCAAAUGAUUCCAAGUGAAGCGGAUAUCAUCCAAAGAUCUUGACCUCCCCUUCAGUCUGUGCUGAAAGAUCAAAGGAAUGAUGAUGUCACGCUGAUGUCAUCAACGGAAUGAUUUUCCCCUUUCCAUGUCACAAGACUGUUCUAACGUAUCCAUGGAAACCAAAUUUGAAAAAAAAUAACACAGACUACACAGAAUAAUCACAAUGCAAUUAUAUGAAUAUGUCAUGCACUGAAGGGAAAAAAAUAUGAUCACAAAGAAUUGUAACGCUGUUUUGAUUCAAUCAUUACUAUUAAUAUUUGUAAUUAGUUGCCAUGUUUUUGCUACUUUAGUUUUAUCAUUCAUAUAAUUGUAUAAAAUACAACAAUGGGCUUAAAUGAAAGGCUAGAGGGUCCCCUUUACGAUGAUGCCAAACAAUAAGGUUGUCACACUGCAUGGCUUAAGGCUAAUGCUUUUGUAUUACAGAAUGAGUGUAAUACAUGCAGAGAUUAUCGUUCAUUCUAGUUUUCAGAAAGUAUUUUCUGCAUUAAAAUUAGACUAGGAGAAGUUGAUUGCAUCACAUGCAUCUCCAUUGAGCUGAAAGUGUUUUGUACCGUCGCCACCAGAUCUGUCCCGGAAACCCGAUUUGUACUGCCCAUGUGUGAAACGAACGUCAUUUCCUCUCUUUGUAUUUCAACGCAUUUUAUGGCAGUUAGUCAUUACUAUUGCUACCUACCCGAUCCCGCAAUUUUUGCCUACAUGAUAUACUUUCUUUUGGGCAUAUGUCACCCAGGGACAUCAGGGAUAGAAGAAUUACAGAUAGAUAGAUGGAUAGAUAGAUAGACAGACUUUAUUGAUACAAAACUGGGAAAUGAUGAAUUUGGGAUAAGAGGGUAAUUGGGGAAGUUAGUUUGAAGAGGAGAGGUCAGAAGGAGGUGCCUCCCGUUUCCUCCUCUUCGAGCUCUUUAGCUUCCCCAAGCCCAGAAAAUGCUUCAUCCUUUUCCAGACUGAAGGUCUUGGUGGUGUCACUGUCUCAGUGAGUGCCUCGAUGAGUGCCUCAGUUGUAGUGGCAUCCUCAUCUUCAGCCUCUUCCUGUACUGUGACGACCGGUCCUUCUUGAUCCUGCUGAAUCAGCGUCCCCUCAGCCUCUUCAUUUGUCUUUUCCUUAGUGUCAUGUUGAAGGCCAUCCUUCUCAGCUUUCAAUGUCUCUCUGCUGGUGGUGAGAGUCUUCUUGAGCUCCUCGAUCUCUUGGGGCAGCUGCCUGUGAAGCUCAAGUUCAUGUUUUUGCUCCUCCAGCUCCUUCAAGAGAUUUUCCUCCUGUUUCUUGGCCUUCUGCUGGAUGUCUUCCAUCUUCUGAAGAAGGCCAUCCUUCUCAGCCUUAAAUGUCUCUCUGCUGGUCGUGAGAGUCUUCUUGAGCUCCUCGAUCUCUUGGGGCAGCUGCCUGUGAAGCUCAAGUUCAUGUUUUUGCUCCUCCAGCUCCUUCAAGAGAUUUUCCUCCUGUUUCUUGGCCUUCUGCUGGAUGUCUUCCAUCUUCUGAAGAAGGCCAUCCUUCUCAGCCUUAAAUGUCUCUCUGCUGGUGGUGAGAGUCUUCUUGAGCUCCUCGAUCUCUUGGGGCAGCUGCCUGUGAAGCUCAAGUUCAUGUUUUUGCUCCUCCAGCUCCUUCAAGAGAUUUUCCUCCUGUUUCUUGGCCUUCUGCUGGAUGUCUUCCAUCUUCUGAAGAAGGCCAUCCUUCUCAGCCUUAAAUGUCUCUCUGCUGGUCGUGAGAGUCUUCUUGAGCUCCUCGAUCUCUUGGGGCAGUUGUUUGUGAAGCUCAAGUUCAUGUUUUAGCCCCUCCAGCUCCUUUCUGAGAGAUCUAUUUUUGAUCACUUGGUGAAGCUCAGCCUGAAUGGAUCUCUGUCGGGAGAUUGAGUCUCCUUGAGAAUGAGUCUCCUUGAGCUCCUUGAUCUCUUGGGGCAGCUGUUUGUGAAGCCCAAGCUCACGUUUGAGCCCCUCCAGCUCCUUUCUGAGAGAUCUAUUUUUAAUCACUUGGUGGAGCUCAGCCUGAAAUGGAUCUCUGUUGGGAGAAUGAGUCUUCUUGAGCUCCUCGAUCUCUUGGGGAAGAUGUUCAAGGAGCUUCAGUUUAUCUUUGAGCUCCUUCAGCUCCUUUCUGAGACGUCUAUUUUCAAUCUCUUGUUGGAGCCCAGCUAGAAAUGGAUCUUUGCUGGGAGAAUGAGUCAUCUUGAGCUCCUCAAUCUCUCGUCUUUGGAGCUUAAGUUGAUGUUUUAGCUCCUCCUGCUCCCUUCUGAGAAGUUGAUUUUUAAGAACUUGGUUGAGCUCAGCUUUAAAUGUCUCUCUGCCUUUAGCCUUCAUCCCUUCUAGUUCCUCUUGCAGAAGUUCAUUCUUCCUUAUCUCUUUCUCCAGCUUUUUCUUGAGCAUUUCCUCUGCUCUCAGCUGCACUCCUUUUGUCCCCUCUGGGUGUAGAUGGUUUGGCAUUGUGUUAGCGUUGAGUGUUCGACUAGUUGAGAGUUAGACUAGUUGAGUGUUAGACUAGUUGCGUCUCAGAGUCUCUCUAAUCAAACCUAGCACAAAGUGAAAACAAUCCAAAUGAUUCCAAGUGAAGCGGAUAUCAUCCAAAGAUCUUGACCUCCCCUUCAGUCUGUGCUGAAAGAUCAAAGGAAUGAUGAUGUCACGCUGAUGUCAUCGACGGAAUGAUUUUCCCCUUUCCAUGUCACAAGACUGUUCUAACGUAUCCAUGGAAACCAAAUUUGAAAAAAAAUAACACAGACUACACAGAAUAAUCACAAUGCAAUUAUAUGAAUAUGUCAUGCACUGAAGGGAAAAAAAUAUGAUCACAAAGAAUUGUAACGCUGUUUUGAUUCAAUCAUUACUAUUAAUAUUUGUAAUUAGUUGCCAUGUUUUUGCUACUUUAGUUUUAUCAUUCAUAUAAUUGUAUAAAAUACAACAAUGGGCUUAAAUGAAAGGCUAGAGGGUCCCCUUUACGAUGAUGCCAAACAAUAAGGUUGUCACACUGCAUGGCUUAAGGCUAAUGCUUUUGUAUUACAGAAUGAGUGUAAUACAUGCAGAGAUUAUCGUUCAUUCUAGUUUUCAGAAAGUAUUUUCUGCAUUAAAAUUAGACUAGGAGAAGUUGAUUGCAUCACAUGCAUCUCCAUUGAGCUGAAAGUGUUUUGUACCGUCGCCACCAGAUCUGUCCCGGAAACCCGAUUUGUACUGCCCAUGUGUGAAACGAACGUCAUUUCCUCUCUUUGUAUUUCAACGCAUUUUAUGGCAGUUAGUCGUUACUAUUGCUACCUACCCGAUCCCUACUGCGCACAAUUUUUUUGUCUUUGUUGGAUGGUAGGAGAAGGUCCCGCCCUCCUUCGCCUCUUAUUGGCUAAAAGUGCUGGGCUUUGAUGGGUUAUUUCUUAUGACUGUGAAACGUCAUCGUCUGUCGGGUUAGGGUAAGGAGAUAAUGUUCUGUUCAAUGUACAGAGCCGACAGCCCGCAUUUGGCUUAAGCGUGUGAUGACGUUUCCAGCUUUUCUAGCCAAUCAGAUGCGAAGGAGGCGGGACCCCACCAUCCUACAAAAAAAAAAUAUCCAGUCAGAAAACCAAAUUAUGGUUCUCUGACUUUUCACAGUAUCAAAGGGGGAUUUAUUUCAUUUAGUUUAUUAAUUAAAUGUAUGAACAAGAAGCCUACACAUUAUGGACAAUAAAUUUCAGCAUUUUUAUACAGCUUAGAAUUUCAGCACUGAAAUAUUCACUAUGUUGCAAUUUUACAAUUAAGCUGUAGUAGGAACCUUUAAUCAUAAAACGAGGCGCCAUUCUCUUGACUUUUCGGCGCUCUGCUUCAAUCAGGGGAAGCACUCCGUUCAGGAGAGAAGAAAAGUGUGUGGCUGUUAUAAACCGAAGCUGUCGAACAAGUGUUAAAGCUGCAAAAAUGGCUAGUGGAGGAAGUGACGUUCGUUUCGCACAUGCGUAGUACAAAUUAGGUUUCCGGGACGGAUCAGGUAGCAACAUGUACCACAAGAAAAGUUGUUCUGAUACUGUCGUCAAAGAUACUCCUGAUACAGCCUGAAUCAGCGUUAUCAGCAGAGUGUGAUACUGUAAAAUAUAAUUAAAACUCAAGCUGGUCCACACAGCAUUGAUAUGCUGUUUGAAACUGGUAUUUUAGAUCAGCAGGGAUGACUCAGAGAGAUUGAUUUGCAAGUCAUUUCAAAUUAAAACUCAAACUCUAACUAACUAAAAAAACAAAAACAAAGGUAAGAAUCAGGAGGUAAAGGAUGAUAUCAGAACAACUCUACUUGUAACCCACCCUGUAUUAUUGUCCUCCAUGUCUCAUCCAUGUUUCCCCCUCCCCUCAUUAAGUAGAGGUUGUCACUGAACAUCAAGAUGAGGAAGAGGCUCCAGAGGAGCCCCAAAGUUACCCUGAGGAAGGGACAUAUGAGCAGCCCGGAGACUCGCUCUUAGAGCAGACAGAUUAUUUGUCAGAGCUGCAGGCUUUGGGCUCCCAGCAAGCCCAGACACCUGAGGUCCUCAAUGGAGGAAGUCAUCCGGUUGAACACAGUCCAUCACAACAAGGUGUGUGUGUGGUUUUGUAGGUUCUGUAUGCAAACAUGCUGCUGGUGUGUGUGAUAAACUCAACAUUGUUUAUCUGUAAACGUGUGUUUGGAUGAUUGUCCAUCCACCACAGAGACUUUCUUCUCUUUGUUUCCGGACUGUUUCUUUUUUUUCAAAGCUUCGCCGCCCAACUUUCCCGCAGUCUCUGCUUCUAAAUCCUCAAGCUUUUGCUUCAAUACCUCGAGUUGCCAUGUGCGAAAUGAUGUGGCAAAGCAGUUUGAUUUUGUGCUCUUUCAUGCAAACAUAACCAUUUGCUUCUCAUUGGAGUGACAUAAAAGCACCUGAUCAACCGUACUGCAGUUGAUCAUCUCUGCACUUUUGUAUUGCCAGCUACAUUGCAAAUGCAGAUUUCACCGUCUGAACUGUCGAGCAUCGUAGACUUGAGUGUUGCUGAGAGAAGUUGUAUGUAUCUUUUUAUGUGGGUUCUGCUGAGAUCUCAUGUGCAAGCGAGUGUUUCUGAGUACACCCACCUGAAGGGGGUGCACUGUGAAUGUAUUUAAAGUCUGUUGUAUUUCACUUGCUUUGAGUUUCAGUGUUGUUUUCAUUCCAUGUCAAGGCAAAGGAUAACUCUGUUUUCCUAUUGUUCCUAAGAAAACACACUGUGGGAAUCACAACCCAACCUCAUAUUUAAGACGAGUGUCUCCUAUUAGUUCACACAGUAUUUCUGUUUCAACAUUAAAAUGACAAAAAAAAACAUACUUUCUUAAAAAUUUCAUGUACUGCAAUAGGAAUUCAAUAAACGUGUGUACAUUUCUUGUCAUCUAAAAUCAUGCAACUCAUUCCUCCAUUCCAGUUCUGCACGCAAAUCCCAGGUGCUGUGACCCCCCCUGUGCUGUUGUGGCCUGCUGCAAAAUACACUGCGCUGUGUGUUUUGCUUGAUGGAGAGCUACUGUAUCUAUGUGGCCUCGGCUUGCAUUGGCUAGCUUUUGUGGAUGCUUCCAGCAAAGCUUUAAGCUAAUGUGACCUAGCACAAGGUUGUACAGUAUCCUUCAAACUCACAGCCCAGCCAGAAGAAUGCGUCAGUAAAGCUACGUGCGAGUCCGCCGUGAAAGAAGAGGGGGCUCGAGUGGCGCCGCCGCAUCAAGAGUCGGCAGAGAUUGAAGGCAGAGAUGUAGCUUCAGUUGAACCCCCUGUUGAUUUGUCUGAAACCUCCUCGACUGAGCAGACUAACCAAGAGAGUAAAGGUCAAGUGAAAGAGUCUGAAGAGUCAGAAGUAAAAGAAGUAAAACAGCCUUCACUGGAAGGAGAGGUACCAAAACCUGAAGAAGAAAAGGAAACGAUUGUGGCAAGCAAAUCUGAAACUGAAAUAACAACAGAGACUAUAAAUGAGGAAGACCAAGUGAAAGGUACAACUCUGGGCAAGCCACAAGAGACUGACACUCACAGGCAAGAAACUACCAUGUCAAGUCCAGAACCUUGUACAGAGUCCAAAGCCGAAUCAGAGCAAGAAUCCGGGGCAAAAACUUACUUUGAGACAACUUCCGAAGACAACAAAGAGGACUCACUGCAAACCCAAAGCUAUUACGAGCUGAGCACAGCAGCAGGGACAAACCUAAGCGGCGAAGAAGAGAUUAAAAUGAAAAAGCUUGACGAAGAACAGGAGACAAAGACAAGCACGACUUCUGGUAAGAUGUCUGUAGAGCAAAGAAGCCUCUCCUUGAACAUUACAGUUGGAUCUUCAUCUGGACACACAGCAAUGGGAGAGAAGUCAAAGGCCUUCCUGGAAAGCUUGGGUCCAAUAAGUGGAAGUUUUGAUGAGUCUGAGGUACAACCUUCAACCCCUUCUGUGGAAAGCCAGUGCCAGCUUCCUCCAGCUGUCUCCAUCACCCAAACUUCUGCAGACUCCUCUGAAGAUACACCCAACAAAGAAGAAAAGCCCUCUAACAAGCACAGUUUUGUAUUGGAACAUUCAGGCAGUCUCUCUGAGAUGUUGGACCUGGCUGGACUCCUUCCUCAGCCAUCUUCAGAAAGAAAGGAGCUUGAUCAUCUCAGACGAAAGUCCAUGCCUUGUAAUGUACCAGCUUUGGUGGAAAGUUCUUUUGCCAAGCUCGCCCUGGAAAAUCAAAGUUCACCAGGGGUAGGAGGGGAGAGCCCGCUUGAGGAAAUGGGCUACUGUGUCUUCAAUGAGUACUCAGGACCUAUGCCUUCACCGGCUGAUGUACCAAGUCCUGGGGACUCACCACAUCAGCGUUUUCCCUCUGCGGAGAGUGAAGCAGAGGAAGAACUUGAGGCAAAGGUGGUUGAGGGUGUCCAAAAAGAAAUGCAGCAACAAGAAGUGAAAGGUGUCAUUCCUGAGAUUUCUCAUAAGAUAGUGCUUGAUAAGAAAGAUUCACCAGUAAAGUCCUCUCUGAUUCUUGAAAGAGCUGUCCCAAGUGGAAUAAAACCUGACCGCCUAAGAAUCCCAAUGACUUCUACGAAAGACAGAUUGAUUGAGUUACGACUGGAGACUGGCCUACCUGGUGACAUUAAGAUCCAAGCGAUCCCUGAGGUAGAGAUAGAAAAAGACCCCUCUAGGGAGGCAUCCCCAAUCCCACCGGAUAAUUCCUUUACUUUUAGUUCUUUGGAAACUGGAAUCAGGACUCCUACUACCCCCAAAUCCCCAGACUCUGAAAUGAAAGUCACAGAGGAAAGCACAAAAAAGGAAGAUCCACUAGAGGCUCAAGCAAAGAGCAAACCAGAAUCUGAAGCUACUCAUGAAAAAUCGACAAAGUCGGAUGAGGAAUUGCAAAAAACUCAAAAAAGAGAAUCAGAGGAAUCCAGUGACAAACCAGAAAAGGCUAACCAAGACUUGCCUCCUCUGCCAUCCAAGUCCUUAAAGGAGUACACAGAAAAAGGUAAGCAGGAGGCACCAAUGAGAUCAGACAAAAAUGGAAAGCAAAAGUCCUCCAAAGAUGGUCAAGCUUUAAGCCCUGAGAAGCCCUUAGAGUUGAAGAUACAAGAAGUUCCUCCUGAUAAAGCCUCACCAAAGCCACCAAUGUCCUCCCCAGUCAUUGUCAUACCUCAAGCACAAGUAGACGAAGAUGUAGAUGAAGAUGAUGAUAUCGAGAUUGCCGAAGAGCCCCAAGAGAUGAUGGAGGAACCUGAAGCGCCUGUGCUUUCAAAGAUAGAUCAAGCCAUCAUAGACGUUGGCAUGGCGGAGCAAAAGAAAGCAGGGGUGACACUGAUGGUAGAAGACCAGUUGGUGGAUGAGGACCCAAAGUCUGGAGCUGAAGAAUGGAGUCACAGUGCCCAAAACAGUGACGGCGAGCCUGCAACAGACAGUUCCCACUUGUCGCCGUGCUCUGACCACGAUCAGUCUGCAGAGGGUAGUAGAAACGAAGGAAAAGGAGAGGAAAAAAAUGCAGGUGAUGAAAACAAAAACGAGGAGGUGAAGGUAGGCGAGGUAGACCAAACGAGGGAGAAAGAUGUGGUACCUGAAGAGAGAAAAGAGAAAACCAAAGACGAAGAGGAUAAGAGUGAGGAGAGGUUAGAUAAGAUGGGUCAAGAGAAAGACAUCGAGAUCGGUCAGGAGGUGGAAGAGACUGCCGAUGUACAAUGCCAGUCAGCAAACGAUGAAACCACAAUGGACGUCUCCAUCCUAGAUACAGACAGUGGCUGGAUGGACUCACAAGGUACCCAGAACUUGUAAAAUAAACUUUGAUAUUUUUUGUAAAUCAAACUUUACCGUAAAAUUCAGUUUAUGAGACACUGUCUUGAUACCUUGUUGCUGUGUCUUGUACACGGAUGCCAUUUUAAAAUGUGGAGAGAGGUAUUCUAUUGUGUUACUGUGUUUUGCUCAGAAGCAAGCGUCAUGUGAUAUUUAGUCAAAGUCCUCGAAUUUUGACAACAAACCACCAAAAAAGGGGGUUAAUGUGAAUUGUUUACAAUCAAUAGGUCUGUCUAUACCUCAUGACUUUAAACGCCAUUGUAGGCGGAGCUCACCUACCAUACAGGUAGCCAGGGUGAUAGCGAUAACAGAUGGUACUUGAAAGAGCUACACAUCUGCAUGAAAACUGCACAUUGCUUAAUGUAACGCAGGACUUUAGAUUUCAUUACCUACUCUGAUGUGGCUUAUAUUCCGGAUUUUACGGUAUUUAACAUGGAACUGGCUUUCUAGUAGAUUUUAUGUGUCUCUUGUGCCAAGCUAGCUGCUAGCUAGCCAAAACUAUGGAGAGUCAGUCUUCUUCUAAUCCCUCUCCACUGCAGAUGAUGACAAAAGUAUCAUGACAGAGCAAAUUGAGGCCCUUCCUCAGAUCCAGGGUCCUACCAGUACACCUGUGGUGGACAAACCCGCUAAACGGGCCCCUGGCAGAGGAAAGGGCCGUCCCGGUACCACUGAGAGCAAAGUGUUCCGCAAAGUACCGAUCCAUCAUCCGCCAAGAGAGGAGAUGAAGAAGAAAAAAGGUUCCUAUCCUAACCCAUCAUGCCGUUUUUUGCAUUUAUGUACCUUUUGUAAUUUUGUAAUGCUAGUGCUAACUUGUUUGACGGCAGGUUGACAUGUUGGUAUAAUUCUGUCUCUCCUCCUUUGUUAGUAGCCGUGAGGAGGGCUGACCAGAGUAAGGUGUCAGCCCUCCAAAGUCGCUCUCCAUCUCGAAAGAGUGUAGCCAAAGCGGCGGCCAGACAUCCUAGGCCCGCUCUGCUUCACGGCUCUGCUAGACGCAAGGCCACAGGUGAACACUCUUCACCGGGAACAAGUGCUGUGGAUAGAGAGAGUGCUGUGGGUUUUUUUUUAUAACAACUCUGGUUUCAUUUUGGAACUAUUUCACCAAAAAGCUGUCAACAAUUUCCAAGUAACACUGGCGAUUGGAUUGGAGAUAUUUAAAGUUUGUUUACAGUUUGCUCUCUCUCUAUUGAUGGCCUUUUGACGAAUCAAGGAGGUGCAAUGUAGCUGGCAAACAUCAUGUGCUGCUUACUCAUAUUCAACACGUCAUGUCCAGUCUUUAAUUUAUCAACUCGACUACUUUGUCUAAUUUAUUUUUCUGUUUCUUUUUCUCGUUUCUAUCAGUGUCAAACAUGGAGGUUUUUGCUCCUGCUUGGCUUCAUAUUCAUGUUUAUUUCUGCUCACUGACACCGAUGUGUAAACUGUGUUCACAAUUAAAUGAAAAAUUGCUGAAUGUCACUUGCAUGCAGAAGGUUGUUUGUGUUCAGAUGGUGCAAAAGAGGUCCACGAAUGUCCGGAGCGACUGACUAAAACUUUGUGCUUGAUUAACACGCAUAAGGGUGAAAUCUGUUGUAACACUUUUUCCCUUUGGAGUGCAGAUUUGGAUGUUUGAGUGGGUGUUUUGUGCAAAAUAAAUGUCGCCUCUGUCUGGUUAAGUGUGGUCAUUACAGCUGGUUUCUUUGUUGACAGGUAUGGAGAGCCAUCAGCCCCUCAGUGUGGCCCACCAGUCCAGGGAGAGGACCACUGUGAGUGCUCGUCUUCCCACUGUGUGGUGGGGUCUUAUUGUUUUGGAGUUAAAACAAAUUAAAAUUAGUUUUAACAAUUAAAGGGAUAUUCCGGCGUAAAAUUAAGUUACUUUAACACUGAGUUAGACACCCCCUCGAGAGAUGAAUUAUGCCAACCGCUUGCUUCUCUUGUUAUACCAACUUUAGUAACGACAAACCUCAACCAAAACGCCACUCUAUAACCACAAAUAAGGCUCAGAACAGCACCUAACUUCAUCAACAGUACAUAUAGGGUCCUAGCCAUAGUACUAAUUUUACGCCGGAAUAUCCCUUUAAUGCAUCUGGAAAAAACAACUUUAUACAUGUUUGUGUGUAUGUCUUUAAGCUUGUUCUUCGCCCAAAAGUUUUCUCAUUUUUUGUGUUAUGUCCGUUUCUGCAUGCAUGCAUGUUUGUUUUUACUUCUGCAUUUUCUUUCUUUCUUCUUGCACGCCUGCCUCUUUUCUCUCUGCUUGUCUUGACAGAGAAAAUCUGUGAGUACAGAAAUAAGAUUACUGUAGGCAGACAGAGAUAUGCGGAGUAGCUUGCAGAGUUUUGUUUAAGGUCAAAGGGGCUCUCACAAAUAUCUUCAACUCCAUCUUUCAUUUUUUACUCUGUAGAAGUUUCAUCUUUUCAUUCAUGUCCUCAUUGUAAACAUCUACAUUUGUGUUGUUUUUUCCUGGACAUCUUCAGCUAAAAUCUUACUCACAAUGAAACUGCAGCUCAUCUCCACUUCAUCCCAUCUCACUCCUCUCUAUCUGUUUGCCAUCCUUCCAUCCUGCAUCUGCAUGCUGCCCCUCCUCCUGCCCCGCCGGCGUUCGGUGCAGAGCCCCACACGGGCCGUUCUGUUAAAGAUGGCAGUUCAGCGCCGGGCAGCUGAGUACCCGCCUCCGCGGCCCAGCUCUGCUUGUAGCCUUAAAGGGAGCCCUCUGGUGGAGGUGGAGCUCAAUGAGAUCCGCCCCUCCUCUGCAUGCUCACGCCAGGCCUCUCUGUCGAAAAACAAUUCAGAGAAGGUAAAGUAGGAGGAAACCGAACGAGGCAAAGACCUAAGCGAUACCGUUAAUUUACUAAAUGUCAUCAAUAACUAAUAGCUAUUGACUGAUAUUAAAAGCUUUUUUGUAUAUACACCACAAAAAUAGAUGCUCCUGCCUACCCCACCUUUAAAGAUCAGCAAAGACAUAAAAAUGACCAAAAAUUAACAAAAAAGAAGGACUUGGCAAGGGCCUGGUUACUACUUGCAGUGGUCUGGCAAGAAUCAGAGCUACGACAAACAGAGAUUGACUAACGAUCAGACGAUAAACAAGCAACUUUCAGGCGACAUUCUGGCAAGGACAAAGCGCUGUCUUAGCAACGACAGGAGUAUAAAUCAGAGACAUGACUAAGCAGUGGCUCGGCAGUAAUCAAGCUAUGACUAAGCAUGGAUUUGGCAAAAAAACGACAAUUGAUUGGGUAAUAAUUUGGCAAGUAAUGACCAAGCAACUACAGAGCGAUGGUCACACAAAGACACAAAAAUGAUCAAAUAAAGAAAAGCAAUAACCAGUUGAGGACCAAAGGGAAAACCAAAUAAUGAUCAGGCUUUGACUGUUGAUUGAUCAGGUAGAGGGAAGCACAGACUGAACAAAGACCAGGUGAUGUCCUUGUUGUCUCACAUGUUGGAGAUCCGCUUCCUGACAUUCGUGUUUCUUUUAUGUUCAUGUAGGAGAGAGCAUACCGCAGCCCAGAGAAGAGGUCGUCCCUGCCCAGGCCUGCCAAGUCUCUGACACGCCACAUCCCUGCUGCUGAACAGGAAGACAACAGCACCCCCUCCAGGCCAACCUGUAAUAAUACACACCUACACCAGCACAGCUUCCUCUGCCUCCUUCUUGAUGAACUCACUUCCACUUUUACUAACAGCUCUCCUCACUCAGUUUCUUUUCAGUCACAGAUUAAAGUUGAUCUUCCGUCUGUCUUUUUAUUCUUUUUUUCCUCCUCCUUUAUUCUGUUUUCUUUUUGACUCCUCGCCUCUCAAAGCGUUCCAGUCCAGAGCGGACACCCGGUCUGGGAGAACACCUGGUAUGGCAGGUAGACCAACCUAGUCGCUCUUGUUCGAGUUUCUGCAUCCUUCUCAUCAACAUUAGACAACUUCUGUUCGACAGGAUAAACACACUCAGUACGUUUACAUGACACUCGAGAAAAACGAAUUAUCGCCUUAUUCCGAUUAAAACCGGACAACUGAAGUGCAUUUAAAUACCUUGGUUUGAGAACUCCGAUAAAGACACCCAGAUAAUCCGAUUGGAAUUGGAUUUUCUCUACCAUGUAACCAGCGUAGUCGAAGUAUGAUCGGACAUCCCCGUAACCCCAGGACAAGAACACUAGAGAAGAGGAGUAGCGUGGAUCUCAUCCACAGAAAAAAUAGCGCGUACAUCAUGGACCGUAUUUUUCGCACCUGAUUAUAAGGCGCAUCAAUGAAUGCGUAUAUUUGCAUCUAUUUUCAUACAUGAGGCGCACUGGAUUAUAAAGCGCAUUAAGCCAAACAAAACAGUCAGUAACUCUGCGAGGCCACAGUAGCUGCAGUGUUCCGACAAGCCAAGAGGAUUUUAAGUGCGCCUUAUAAUGCGAGAAAUACGGUACGACAAAAACAACGCUGUACGAUGCGCCAUCUUCUUGCUCAAAAAUUCCCAGCAGCAGUUGUAGACACUUCUGAUGUCUGUCACUGACCUGCUGUUGUUGAUGGUUGUAUGGGGUCGGAAACAGCGCCGCUGAAAAGACCCAUGUCGCCCCCUAGUGGCUGCAUGUAUACGCAGACCAGAAGUCCAAUUUGGUGAAAAAUAACGAAUUAUGAGCUUAGUCUGAUUAAGCUGUGCAUGUAAACGUACUGAGUGACUUCAUGUUGGAUAACAUUGAGCAUCACGAGUGAACGUCAUCCGUCCAUAACGCUCUCAUCACUUCAUCCAGGUUGAUGUUUCUUUGUUAAAUCACCUUCAUUUUCCAGCUGUCACACCUGCAGCGAUAUUAUCAGAGGAAACGGUGGGAUCCAUAACAUAAGGUCCUUAGUCCUGGAUCGGAUCUAAGAGCUUAAAUCUUAUCGGUGCUGCUCUUGUAUCCCAGCAACAAGCUGCCAGCGCGUGUGUGUGUGUGUGUGCUCACACUGCUUGUUUAACCUGGGUUGUUUGUUUUGUGGAAACUGAGCCGAUUCUCUGCCAACAGCUCUGCUUCUUUCACAUCUUUCAUCUGUGUGUUUUUAUUCCUUAUCAGUAUCACUCUGUUUCUCUCUCUCUGAUCCAUCUGUUGCUCUCAUAUUUUGGUCCGUCUCUAUUUUCCCAUCUGUCUUUGUUUUUCCUAUUUCUCUCCCUCCAAAACGACUUUUCUUCCUCUGGUCUUUUUCUCUCUAAAGGUACAGAAUCGGCGCGUUCCCGAUCAGUCCGCAGCGGCUCCUCCACCCCCGGCUCCUCCGCCGUCACGCCCGGCACGCCCCCCAGCUACUCCUGCCGCACCCCGGGCUCUCGCACCCCCGGCAGCCACACGCCCAAGUCCUUCAGCGUCCUCCAGGAGAAGAAGGUGGCGGUGAUCCGGACCCCGCCCAAGUCUCCGUCCUCGGCCCAACGGCAGCUGAAGGUGCUCAAUCAGCCCCUGCCCGACCUGAAGAAUGUAAGGUCCAAGAUCGGGUCCACCUCCAACCUCAAACACCAGCCGAAAGGGGGACAGGUAAAAUUAAGUCGUAGGGAUCUUUAAUUUGUUCCUUAAACCUCCAAUAUAUCUUGUGCAUUACUCCAGUUCUGCCACAAGGGGGCAGUAAAGACUCAGAUAUAAACGGAUUCCAUGUUGAAAGGGAAAAGCUGAUGUUUUUCUUACACAUAAUUUCUCACUCUUAAUCUUUAAUUUGCUUUUUAUACUCGAGUUUGUUGAAGUUGUUGAACAUUUAUGUCUUUAGACUACAUCGGUAACACACAGGCCGGAAUACGAUGAGAAAAAGGUUCAUAAAAAUAAAGCAAAUGUGGUGAUUUUCUGAAGUAAAAUAACACAUUUUUGUUUACAUCUUUAUUCGAAGUACAAAUUUUAUCCCAAACAUGCUCAGACAUUUUGUAAAAUGCUGAUAAAAACAUAUAUUUAUGGUUUGUAAGACAAGAUUCAGGUGUUAAAAUUUAAAAAGUAUUAAAAAUACACCUGGCUCUGUAGUGGAAAUCACCGCAAGGGCUUCCCAAAAGCGUUUUUCAGUGGAUAAAAUCAGUGUAGAUUAUUUGCACAUUUGCGCAGCUUCCCUCGAUGUUUUAGUGACUUUAUUAAAGGUCGACUCAGACAGAAUAUGUUAAUAUGACACCAUUUUUCUCGUUCUUUUGUAUUUAUUCUAUGUGAAGUCUAAAAAUGUCAUAAAUCGCUCAAACAUCUCUUUCUUCCCACAUCUUCUCACUCACUGUCCUCGCCGUCUCCUCCUCCUCCUCCUCCUCCUUCUGGCUGUCCUCCUCCUUGUUUGCUGUCAGUCCGGAUGAACCGUCACCCGUCGCCUCCAGCCUCUUCCUCUGACUCUCCCCUUUUUUUUUUUUCGUCUUCCUUCUCUUUACCUUUUCUAAAAUCUCUCCCUGUUGAGAAGCAGAGUAAAGACAGCUCCUCUUACGGUGAAGCCUCAGCGGAAUUUUCCCUCUGGCUCUGAAUAUUAAUAAUUGCAUCAGUCUGAAUUACUUAUUGAUAAGUUGCUCCAAGGAUAAAGAAUAGAAAGUCGCUUUUUCCUCUUAAUUUUUAAGGUUUCUAAUAAAACAGAUCAGUCUGCAGGGUGCGAUGACAGUCGUGUGAUUGGAAAUUUUUUCAUGGAGGCAACAGACAGUCUUAAUGAUCCCGGAGUAGAGCCGAGGUGAGGCUCUUAAUUAGCUCCUGUGAUCUACGGCGGAGUCAUUUCUUCAUGCUCCUCUUUCUUCUUCGGGGAGGAAUGUGACACAGGGGCAGAAAUUUUUAAUGAAGCCUGAAGGCGAGGCACGAAAGGGUCUGUGUCUGUGAGACUCCCGCUCCCUAGAAGCAGGUUUCUGCGAUCUGUUUAUCCAUCAUGUAUUCAUCGAUUUCGUCAUAGUUUAGCGUUCAUCAAUAUCUUCAAACAUCCCUCCUGCUCUGAGUCCUGAGUCUGUCAUGAUUUAUUUAGGAUGUAGUGCGUUGUCAUUGUCUGACCUUGCAGCUGGCUUGUGCUGCAACAGCUGCAGAGGAUAACAGGCGGAGUAAGAACAGCCGACAGUAAGAGGGGGAAGAAAAAAAAAAAGCACAAGAGUGUGUGCGUCAAAACGCGUAUGUGUUUGUGCAGGUAAGAGGAAAAGCUGUCAAGAGAAUCCAGGUCAGGUCACAGGAGACAGACGGAGGCCCGCUGUCAGGGCUGUUGUGUGUUUCCCCUAAAACCUCCCUCCUCCUCCUCCUCCUCUCCCCUUCGCUCUCAUUUUUAGGCUCUUUGAAGAGUUUUUUUUUUAUUUUUUAUUUUUAAGGUAGAAAAUUCAUCCGUCCUUUAUUAUUUUUAGGACUGAACGUGUGGUCAACACUGAAGUGGAUAAGAAUGCAUUCAGUGGACACAGGCCCUGAAUUCUGCUCCAAGUUGGGAUUGAUGCUGCGUUCGAGUUAGGCCUGGGCCAUUUGGCAAAAAAAUAUAUAUAUACACGAUAUAUUUUGUCAUAUCGUUUGAUUUUGAUUAUUAUCACUAUUUUUUUUUAAACUGCCAGUUUUAAAGCAUCUGUACUUAAAACUAAAGAAACUAGAGAUUAGUUCAACAUUUUAUGAACAUACAAAGUAAAUUACAAAACAAAUGAAAUAAGAUAAACUUUGAAAAAUAGAAAAAACAUUUUAACUCAACAGAAUAACAAAUGUAGAUAAAUAUUAAAUAAUACAUUGAAUUAGUUUACAGUCCUGAGUGUUUUUGCAAGUAUGCAAGACCCAAAAUAAACAAAUCGCCCCCUCAGAGAUAAUGAAGACGCCUUAAAAUGUAAACGUAGAUGAUACGAUUGAUCGCUGCACCGCUAGUUGUCGCAAAACUGCUAAUGCUACUUGUGCCGUCAGCAGUAACAGGCUGUACAGACUUCGACCGCCGACAUACUUUACACAUUGGCUAAAUUGCUUGACGUCACUUUGGAGAUACCCCAACCACCGUCACACAACCGACGUUGAAUAACUUCUCAACAAUAACAUCUUCAGAGAAUGACUCAAAGUCACGGCUGACAACUGUUUUGCUGCUUCAGCUCCACGUUCGGUCAUUCUGUUUACUUCUUCUGUUUACUUCUCCGGUAACUUACAGAAGUGGGCAGGAAAAGCUCGACUCUGAUUGGCUGAUGUGACGACAUUUCCGCUACGUUUGAUCGAGUAAAUAUGCUCACAGCUGAUCACCGUGAUCGAACUGGAAUUUAUCACGAUCAUAUAAUCAUUACCUCGAAUAGGAAUGACGUCACUACCGAGUUCCCAGCGUUUCAGUUACCAAGUCGGAAAAAAGCAAAAUCGGAGGUGGGAACGAGACGGCUACAUCUACGAAAGUUAUUUUAGCGCUUGCCUUGUCCGGGGCAGGGGCCGCCAUCUUUGAACGUCAACUGGGGGGUUGUGACCUCGUUGAAAGUUCCGACUCGGAGCUCGGAAAUUCCAACUUCUAAGUACAACUGGAACGCAGCAUAAGAGCAGUGUGAAGUGAUGAAAAUGCUUAACUUGUGCCAAAGUUAAUGUCAAUAGUGGAAACAGGCCCAUAGUAGGAGUAUGUUUUGUGUGCGUGGAGUUAAAAAAAGCUCCUGGUGGACAUAUGUUUUAGAAAAUUGAACUUUUUGAGGCCUUGUUUGAAUUCUGUUUCAGUCCCUGUCGUUGAAAAUCAGAUUCAAAGGUUUGAGAGCUCUAAAAAUCCACGAAUACAAAAAACUAAUCUGGAUGAUCUUCGAUAUAAACACAGUUUAAAUGUAAAUGCAUGUUGAGACACUUUUCUUUCUCUCUGAGGCACAUAUAGCAUUUUCUUUUUUUUAUGAUUGGAUUUUGUUUUAGGUUCAAAUUUUACACGAGAAGCUGGACUUCAGUCAUGUUCAGUCAAAGUGCGGCUCCAAGGAUAAUCUGAAGCACUCGCCCAAAGGAGGCAAUGUAUGUACGCCUUUUCUCUUUUCUCCCUUUUCUGUCCUUCUUCUCCAGGUUUAGCUCUUUUUUUGUUUUUGUGCUACUUUUAAAUGUUCACCUGUCCUCCCAUCUGAGGGUUAACUAGUUGUUUUAACCUUUGUGUGUUUGUUGUGUUCUUGCGUAGAAUAGUAGAUGUCACACUUGGGAAUCAAAUCUAAAUAUGCUUCAGGCUGUUUUAACGAAUCUGUGAAUCCUGCAGACUCCUUCAACUACAAGCUUCAGUUUCCGUGAUCUAGAUCAGUCCACAAUUCAAUUCUCGUGCUAAAGUAAACACCAUCAGAUUGAUAAAUCCUGGAUUUAAAAUUGGGACAAUUUUUCGAGGAUUAUUUCGGGGCCGGGAAAAGGAGGGAGGGAGGGAUGAAGUUUAAGCUCCCCCUCGAUCCAGUUUGAGAGGCCGACAGUGAUCCUGGGAAAAAAAGAAAAAAAGAAAAAUGUUCCUGUCAUCCCCAGGUCAUGAUCCCGAGCGUCAAACUGGACUUCAGCCACGUUCAGGCUAAGUGUGGCUCCCUGGAUAAGAUCCAGCACAUGGCAGGAGGCGGAAACGUGAGUGACUCAGCAGAAAUCAAAUUUUAAUUUCCUGCUUCCGUUUGCACCAAAAACCGAAUAUCUAUACGAUGUUUGUUCCAGCCUCUUUAAACACAGAGUCAACACAGCAUGCAGCGUUGUCUCUUUAACUGUGUUUGUACUCGCUCUAACUCCCAUCACCCACGGACCAUAAAGUUUAAUCGACGCACCUGCUCUGUGCAGCUUCCCGUAGAGCUUGUUGGCUGUGUUUGUCGGAUGUCUUUGCUGUUCCUGCUCCAUGUUCCCCCUCCCUCCACAGGGAGCUGAACUCAACAUCCCCCUGCAGAUGCCGUUGAUUAAUCUGCACUCAUCCUCGGACUUUUUUAGGCUAAUUGAUUUUGAGAACUCUUUCUUUCUUUCUUUCUUUCUUUUCGACGCCCGCAGAUCCAGAUCCAGAGCAAGAAGAUCGACUUGAGCCACAUCACUUCCAAAUGUGGCUCCAUGUCCAACAUCCGCCACAGACCAGGUGCAGUACAUCCAGAUAUUUAGAAAUGCAUGAUUUUGGGGGGAAAACAAAGAGUAAGCGUCACUUUUUAAUGAUCCCUCUCAUUAUAAACAACAAAGGUAGUUGGUGUCUAUUACAAACAAUCUAAGCUGGCACCUUUAACGCCAGGACCAUCGUCAAGAAAUCUAUGCAGCGAUUUCUCCUCUAAUUGUCAGAUUUUAAUUUAAAGGUGUAUCAUCCAAAGUAUUCUCACCUCUUGGUCCACAGUUUGGUUUAGAAACCUCACUGUACGGGAGCGAAAAUCUCUGACCAGAAUAGCCGAUCUGACUCAGAAAAUUAUCGGCACUGACCUGACUAAACUUGAUGCACUUUAUAAAUCGAGGCUCCUGACUCGGGAUUCAAAAAUAGUGAAAAUAAUCACCAGUCAUCCUGCCUCUAGCCUUUCGGUAGACUGUACCGCUCAAUCAAAUGCUCUACCUGCCGGUUUGUUAGCCUGGCUGGGCCGUCCUGUUGCGUGAAUCACUUGCCGUUCCUUCCCACAACAGUCUGGACUUGGGCAGAAAUCGUUUAUAUCCGACGUCUUCUGCGGAUAUAAACGAUUUCUGCUGACUUUGCAAAAUCAACUGCAGAACUAACGGCGUUCUGAAUGAACGGCGCUUUGAAAAGUCCCGCAGCAUGUGUUAGACGUCACCAUCUACACAUGGACCAAUCAGGGGCUGCCUUUCCCUGUUGUCAGGGUAACAGUGGAAACACAGUCACUGAUUGGCCCGGUUAUUUUCUGAUCGCUACUUGGAAACUUGGAAUCGAAAAUUUUAAAAUUUAAACGAUUCGGGGAGAAUCGGAAUGAUAGUCCCGGUCUCCAUCGAUGCUUGAGACUCGAUGCCCAACCCUAGUCUGAACACUUAGGGUCAAAUAGAAGUUUUUAAAUACUAUUAUUAUCUUUAUUGUUUAUUAUUAUCACUAUCACUAUUAAUACUUGUAGCGUCCUUCUACUUUAACUGUAAUUUUAACCCACCUUAUUCUGUUUCUAUGUAACUUUAUCUGUCUUUAUUGUCCUCUAGCAGAUGUUUUUCUAUGUGUUUUUUUUUCUGCAAUUGGCAAAUAAAUAAAUGACUCUGAGUAAAAAAAGUUUUAAAAAUAUGUGCAAACAUUUUGAUGCACGUGAGACGUUGCUCGAUUGAUGUAGCUCCAAAGGCUACUCUUAUAUAUCUGUACCCAGUAAAUGUCAUUAUUCCUGACGAUGUUUUUGCCGCAGUGUCAACAGACAAAACUGAAGAAUGUCGUCGGCUUUUAAAAACUUUCCUUUGCAGUAUCAAGAAAUAAAAAAUGCCAGGUGGGUCGUUGUGAUGUUGUUUGUGCAGAGACAAGACGGUAAAUGUUUGUAUUUUGAAAGCUCGCCGUCCUUGACUGACUGAGCUUCCCCGCCUCGAGUCCCGCGUUCAUGCGACGCCUCUCAGGUUUGACGUUUUUCUUCUCCUUCUCGAUGUCUUGUCCCCAGGGGGAGGCAACGUGCGCAUCGAGAAUGUGAAGCUGGACUUUAAAGACAAGGCCCACUCCAAGGUCGGCUCCCUGAGCAACACCAGCCACACCCCUGGAGGCGGGAACAUCAUGGUAGCGAAACUGAGAUUUAAAAAAAGGGCAAAAACAUGAACAGCGGUUUUUUUUUUUAAAUGUGAUCAAAACGUCCUGACUUGACUUUUUCUCCAGAUCGAGAGCCACAAGCUGAGCUUCCGGGAAACGGCCAAAGCUCGGGUGGACCACGGCGCGGAAAUCGUCAUCACCCACUCCCCCGGGGUGGAGACCGGGGGCACCUCGCCUCGUCUGUCCUCCGCCGGCAGCAUCAACCUCCUGGAGUCGCCACAGCUGUCCACGUUGGCCCAGGAUGUCACCGCCGCCCUCGCCAAGCAGGGCUUAUGA